UUAAGUUUGAACUUGUGUUGACACGAAAUCACUUUCGCUUUCUCUCUAGCUAAUUUCCAAAGCGUACCGUGCGCUGUUACCGUGUAGAGCCAACGAAGGAAAUUUUCUAGCGUCGUUUUCUAGGCGAAUUGCUUAGUUGCGUUCAUUAGACCCAAAUUACCAAACCGUUCCUUUUCUCUUUGGGUCAGUUAGCUAGGAUGAGCUUUAUAAAAUCGCCUUCAGUGUCGUUCGAUCACCCAUUCAAGGAGCACGAAGUCUCAACGGCAGGCGGACAGCACCAACUUAGAACUCCCGAGAAGCAGCGAUGGCGCUUGUUCUACGUCGAAUAUUCGAUGGGUAUCGAUGCUUCAUGACCGAGUACCGGGAUACCAGAAGCAUUGAGCUCCCUCUAGCUGGUUCACCAUGGCCCGUAAUAUCUAUUAUAUCUGUCUACUUGUUUGUGGUUCUCAAAGGAGGGCCAGAGUUCAUGCAGAACCGAAAACCGUUCGAUCUCAAAUAUUUUAUACGGGCUUACAACGCCGUACAGGUCAUAGCUAACGGAAUAUUGUUUGUGAUUAUUGUAUACCUCCUUUCGAUUAGGAAAAACUUUUCAUACCUUUGCCAGGCAGUCAAUUAUACCCAGACGCGCGAAGGCUAUGAGGAAAUGUUUAUGGCCUAUUGCUAUUUUCUUCUUAAAGUAUUAGAUCUUGCGGACACAGUAUUUUUCGUUCUUCGUAAAAAGCAAUCGCACAUAUCGUUCCUGCACGUGUAUCACCAUGCCGUUAUGGUGAUGAUAACCUAUCUGGCCUUCAUUUUCGUACCCGGAGGGCAAACUGUCAUGUUGGGUAUCUGGAAUACGCUAGUCCAUGCGGUAAUGUACUUUUACUACUACGUGGCAUCAUACGGAAACCAAUAUUCUAGCUGGUGGAAAAAGUAUAUAACCCUCCUGCAGUUGGUACAAUUCGUUCACUUGGGACUACACUUCGGAAUUCCGGCUCUACUCGGCAUGAAUUGCGGAUUCCCGCGCUUCUGGCUGUGGAUCGGCUUUCUGCAGGCCGCGUUCAUACUUACCAUGUUCGUAGAUUUCUACGUCAAAUCGUAUGUAAAAAAACGAAAGCUAAGCCAGAAGGCCGAGAUCAAUUAUGUAUGCAACGCGCGCAAUAAGUGCUUAGUGGUAGGAUGACUUGUGUAAUUGCGAUACAAAUGAAUAUGUUAAUUAGAAGUACGAUACCUCUAGUGGUUAUGCGUUUGUAAGUUCUAUGGUAGAACACAGAGAAAGCAUUUCUAUGCCGUGACUAUUGAACCACGUGGAUAUGCAUCUAAUUAACUCGAAUUUCCAAAAGAGUCCAAAAGAGCUUUGUCACCUUAGAAAUAAAAAUUUUUCUUUUAACAUUAUAACAACUCAAGUUUUGGAUUUUUUGCUGUCAAAAAAGGCAGAUGUACUUAAACGAAAACUGGUUUAUUUUUUUUUUAUUCUACCAAUCAAUUUUUGUACAGCAAAACACUUAAAUUGCGUAUGUUAGGUACAAAUGGGGUUGUUGACGAACGUUUGUGUUUUUGCCAUCAUGUGAUUAUGCUUUAUCUGGUCAAAACACAUACCUUUAAUCGGCAUGGAGUUUGGGAAGAAAUGGAAUCAACAUUUUUUUUAAACAUUUGUUCUGAUACACAUCUUGAUUGAUAAACAAACCACUGAAUUGGAACCAAGGCUUGACAAGAAGAACGAAGUCCCUUUUAAUCCAUUACUUUGACCAGUCUUCAACUACCUUCCUGGCGAAAGUCUGCCGGAAAUCAUACACAGUUUAGUUCAAAAAUAGUUUAUUUGACACGGGGGCAUACACAGUCAAAACUGAAAGAUUUUCACUUUGAAAAUGGUUUACCGUGAACUUUAGAGCUAUAGUCAAAAUUUAGAAGCUUGCAAUGCGUUUGCACAAGACUCCUUGUUUAGACACCAUUUCGAACAGAACUGAGCAUGCAUAAACAAAACAAAAAAUACUGGCAUAAAGAAGAGAGAGAGAGAGAGAGA